AUGAACAGGUUCAUAGCAAAAACAUCCGCACUGCAACCUACACAGCUCAUACUACAUGGCCCUCUUACCUCAAUGCGAAUAAGAAUCACAUCUGCCAAAAUACAAACUGCUCUCGACUGCACUAUGAACGCAAUUUGGUCAGCCUAUUUCAGACUUGUGCUUCAUGAUACUCCCUUGAACGCCAACCGAACUGCCCGAUGGCUUGAAUCCUCUUUCUACAUUCCCCCAACCCUCCAUCCCGUCAUCCCUUUCAAGGACCCUCAUUCCUUUUCGGGAUCGCCAUUCAUAUAA